CUGCACUACGGGACCCUCCUGGGCAGCAGAGCUUGUGUCCACAUGGCAGCAGCUGCCUGGGGCAGUGGGUUUCUCGAUGCUCUCCUGCACACGGCCAAUACAUUUUCCCUGCCCCUCUGCCAGGGCAAUGCCCUGGACCAGUUCUUCUGUGAAAUCCCCCAGAUCCUCAAGGUCUCCUGCACAGACUAUUACUUCAGGGAAGCUGGGCUUCUUGUGGUUAGUGUCUGUUUAGGCUUUGGAUAUUUUGUGUUCAUCGUGCUGUCCUAUGUGCAGAUCUUCAGGGCUGUGCUGAGGAUCCCCUCUGAGCAGGGACGGCACAAAGCCUUUUCCACGUGCCUCCCUCAUCUGUCUGUCAUCUCCCUGUUUCUGAGCAGUGUCAUGUUUGCCUACCUGAAGCCCCCCUCCAUCUCCUCCCCAGUUCUCGAUCUGGUGGUGGCAGUCCUGUACUCAGUGGUGCCUCCAUGGUAG